AGGCGCUGCGCGGGAUGGCGGCGGCGGCGGGAAUGUCGGACCGCGAUACUUUUGAGGAAAAACUCAUAAGGGUUACUAUAUGGCUAAAGAAAAUAUAUGGGAAUGCCCGUGUUCCACAGUAUGAGGUGAAUAGAAGGACAGUGGACAUUUUGCAUGAAGUUAUGGAAUGCAAUGAAGAGAGAGACAAGGAUAUUUCAUUGCUGAUAGAGGACUUUAAGGAACGGGAAGCCAAGUAUGAAACAGAAGCUCAGAACUGGGAGGAUAUUCUUGUAGAAAGUCUGGGUCUUUCUGUUUUCUCUCUGUCCCAAGAAGGCACCACAGCCCUCGAAGACCUGGURGAAAGUGCUAUGGCACUUGAAGUGGAGGACACAUCUCUUACCAGCUUCUACUGUGCCAUCAUUAAUAGGACCUCGGAACUGUUUAAAUUAAAAUCAAAAAACCAAGAAAUGGAAUGGAAAGUGAAGACCCUCACGAAAAAACURACUUCAGCACUGACGUUGGAAAAGCAGUUGGAGGCGGAUGUUAAAAAAUUAGAGAAAUCUCAGGCAGCAGAAAAGGCCAAAGCUAAGAGUCGAUCCAAUAACUUGAAAUUCCUAGAAGCUAAAUCUCAGGAUAUUAAAAUCAGGAUCUGCGAUGCUGAGGAGACGGUUAUUGCUGCGGGGUUGGACCAAUCCCUGACGCAUGAGGCGCUCAUGAAAUUUUCUGAGGAAGUGGCUGCACUGCAGCAAGAAGUUGUGCCGUUGAAGAAGGAAGUGAUGUCCUACCAUGAUUUACCUCCAAGCAUUGCCCUGGCACGAGUGAAGGUUGAAGAAGUGAAAAAAGAACUUAAAGCCUUGGAUGACGAGCUCACAAGGCUGAUCGAGGCUGUGCCUUUCGAGCUGACAUAGCCCAGCAAACUCCAGUUCACCUGAAGUGGCYUACAUGAAACAUGAUUUUCCUACUUACUUGCACUAGCAAUGCAUUUCUGAAUUCUUACUGGACUGUAGUAGCUUCCUGCUGUGUUCUUCUUUCUAUUGGUGUUGUUUUUGUAGAUAUCACCUAUUCUUCACUAAAUAACUUUCAAACUU